AUGGUACGUGUGUGGCUCCAACUGAUUAACACUCGCAUUGAUUCAUACGAGAUAACUCCAAUUAAACAUGACAUCCCAUCGUCGCCACUUAUGGCUGAGGCAAGCUCCGAUUUCAAUGUCGGCUCAGCCAGCAACCGCGUUUUCAGAAUCGCAGAACUCCUGGAAAAGAGACUCCGCCACGCCAACAGCUCGGUACACCUCAUCGCUUUGAGUGUCUCUCAUGAGUGGAGAGAUGUAGCUCUUUAUAUCAUGCGACCAUCCAGCGUAGCCAAUGAUUUCGCUCAUGCCUACCCCUGCCCGCCCGUCAAAUUUGGUGAUCGAAUUCCCGAACAGCUCAAUAACUGGCUGCCUGCCACGACCGAAGAGUUCGACGACCUUUUAGCGGAACUCGAGCUAAAUCUGCCAUGGGAUCGCGACGGCAUAUAUCGAAGCAUGGACCGCUUCCAAAUGUCCGACAGGCCAAACAUCAUCAAAACAGUCUGCUUCCCGGGACGAAUAACCAUGGCAUCGAAUGCAACUUCCCGCCAGGUUUAUGCACCCCAAGUUUUCUCCUCCGAGCAGUUGAUGGGAGUCGACAUCGAUGUGAAUCUCCAUUAUCACUGUAGGCGCGUCUAUGUGCCGAAGUGGGUCGAUGUCACGCAGUUCAGGUUGAAUCCGUAUUUUGCGAACUUAUUUCAAGAUGCAUUUGAAACUAUCAAUGGUCUAUAUGAAAUCAGUCUCCAACCUCCAUGCCCCACGGACAGUGGGUCGACUUGGGACUCGUUGCCUCCAGCGGCUAUGAACUACCUCGCCACCCAAUUCCUCACGCAGCCACCAGUCAUCUCCCUCAACGUCAGCACCUGGAUCCCAAUGAUGAACAAGCCACGAGUGCGCAAAGCCCUCCAUAUCAUCAACGUGCGAAACGAAGACGGCAUCCGCGUUUCGGAACUAAUAGCAGCAAUGAAAGCAGCCUCAGGACUAGCUGUCGAGCACUGGAAACAUUGGGCAAGACUACUACGUGUGGCAGUCCAGAACGGUCACCCGAAACAGGAUUUUUGGAUUGUGGACGGAAGACCAAAGCUGCUUGUAUCGGUGGAUCCAUUUUCGAGCGAAGAGUUGAGCGAGACGUCGCUGCAUUAUCUUACCUGCAUGCAUGCACUUCCGGGGAGGGAUAAGCGUCAGGAAGAAUGGAUACCGAGGGGAUUAUGGCACUCUGAGAUACCGGGGUAG